AUGAAUGAAGAAAUAGAUGAGUACGAUAUUUAUCAUCAGGAUUUUACAACUGCUUCAGAAUGGGAAGUAUUAAUAGCACGUAUAGAGGAAAUGAUUACUGAGUGGCAUUUAUCUAAAUCUAAAGUGCAGAAAAAAUGCUCAGAUUAUACAAAGAAAUGGGUUACGAAAUCGGAGGAAAUAAAAUAUCGAAGUUUAACCCUUACAUUUUCAUUCCAUGCAUUAGAACCUAUAAAGUGUCAAGAUGAUGAAAACGAGUCUGAUGACCAAUCUUUACUAAACGAUGUUCAGGAAGGCUUAUGGAAUGCCACUGCAAAUUUUUUGGACGAUGUGGAUGGUAGUCCUUUUCCAGUAUCACAUUGGUUUGGUCUAAAAAGAUAUUUAAUGUUGUAUUCUAAAACACCUCUUGUUGAUGGAAGCCUAAUCAAGCUUAUCAUGAGUGCUGUAAACAUUGCAUUUGCCAAUAUGGAUUGUGGUAUUCCACUUUUUGUAAAAAUUAGAGAGCAUUGGCAGAAUACUUACUUGGGAUUUUAUGAAGAUAUUGAUCAUAAAAUAAGUUAUGACACAAUUCAUUUAAAGAGAAUAUCAAAUCAAUGUUCUCAUCUUAGUGGCCUUGUAAGCCUAUUUAAAUCUAAAAUAUCAUCACCCGUUCCCCUUGAUGCUGUUGUAAUAUCUACAAAAUUUUCAUAUGAACUAAAGGAUUCUGAUUCUUUUGCUUGGAGAAAAAGGAGUAAUUCAAAUGAGUUUUUAUCAAUUGACGGCUUUAAUGUUAAAAAACUAAUUGAGUUGCCUUUUGGCUCUGAAGAUAAUCCCUUGCACAGUGCACUUCUUAAUGCAAUAUGGCCUCAUUUUCGAGAAAGUGCUAUAGUAGAUUCUUCAACAUUUUCUGACAUUGAUCCCAUGAUGGCACCUACAUGGACUAUCACAUUAAAAUUAAAAAAUAAUUUGAACUGUCAACUCUCAGAUAUUAUUGGAAAAGUUAUGGGAUUGUUAGAGAAUAAUAAUUUACUAAUGGAUAUAUUGGGGCUGAGUAGGAGUUUAGGUCUGGUAAAUCCAUUAAACAAAAUAACAGAAGCACCUAUUACAAUAUCAAAAUUAGUUAAGGCUGCUGUGGGUCGAAAUACUCAUAUUUCAGAAUUCAAAGGACCUAUAACUGAUGAUUUACUGAUGCCUUUAUUAUACUAUGUUUUUCCUGAUGCAAUUGAAGAAAAUACAUUCCCUUACUCUGAUAGACUUGAUGUUGACAAUAAAAAGGAUGGAGUAGAUUUGAAACUAUGUAGUUAUGUGAAGACAAGUCCGGUAGAUGGUUUGGCUUGGAGAUUGUCAGUAACAUCAGCUCGAUUAAUGGAUGCAGGUGGACUCCCAUAUCUUGCUCACUUUUGGUAUGAAUUUACACAAGAACUUCAAUACCGUUGGGAGCACAGAAUAAUUGUGCCUGGG